AUGGCCCCUUCCCUCACCAGCACCGUUGGAUUGCGAUCCGCACCCUCCACGACACUUAAAACUGACACAGGCCAUAACAAAGAGAACUUAAUUGGAUACGAAUAUGAAAAGGACCCUGAGCUCAAGGGAACUGAUAAGAUUGCACCAGCCUCGUACCCCAACUAUCUGCCCGUAUGGGAUAACGAAACAGAGAGAUACCCCCCUCUAACGCCCUUUGAGCACUAUGACCACGGCAAGGAUGCCGAUCCGACCUUCCCUGAUCUCCUAACCAAGGGGGUCGCCGAAACGGACGAUAUCACACCUUUCAUCGGCACUGAAGUCAAAGGCGUCCAAUUGAGCAAGUUGUCUCCAGCAGGCAAGGAUCAAUUAGCUCUGUUGGUAGCCCAGCGUCGUGUUGUCGCAUUCCGUGACCAAGACUUCGCAUCCCUCCCAAUCCAGGAGGUCGUCGAUUAUGCCGGUUAUUUCGGCCGUCAUCACGUACACCAGACAUCAGGCGCGCCAAAGGGAUUCCCAGAGAUCCAUCUCGUCUUCCGUGGCGCCGAAGACCGUGUCGGUGCAAAGUUCCUCGAGCAACGCACAAAUACCAUCACUUGGCACAGUGAUGUCACAUUUGAGCAGCAGCCCCCCGGGACCACCUUCUUAUAUGUCCUAGACGGCCCCUCCACAGGUGGAGAUACAGUAUUCGGUGAUAUGGCACAGGCAUAUAAGAGAUUAUCGCCUGAGUUCAGGAAGCGCUUGCAUGGGCUGAAGGCUGUCCACUCUGGCGUCGAGCAAGUGAAUGCGAGCUUGAAUGGCGGUGGAAUUGCACGACGCGACCCCAUUACUACAGAGCAUCCCAUCGUUCGAACCCAUCCAGUCACUGGUGAAAAAGCGCUUUAUGUGAACCCGCAAUUCACACGGUAUAUCGUCGGAUACAAGAAGGAAGAGUCGGAUUACCUGCUCAAGUUCCUGUAUGAUCAUAUUGCUUUGUCUCAAGAUCUUCAGGUUCGUGUCCGCUGGAGAGCCGGAACAGUUGUUGUUUGGGAUAACCGCUUGGCCUGCCACUCUGCCGUAUUCGAUUGGGAGGACGGCCAAAGACGCCACAUUGCUCGCCUGACACCACAAGCCGAGCAACCGUAUGAGACCCCGUUUGAGGGCUAA